CGGCUGUGAGUCACCCCGGCGCUCCCUGGGAAGGGCAGUGCUGGGGUGAUGACCAUGGUAACAGCCGGGUGGGAUUUCACGACCUCCCAGCGUGAAGGGCCCCGGUUUCUAUGGCAACGCUCGCUUGGUGGAAGGGGCAGAACUAGAUCUCUUCGCUUGGGACGCUGACAUUCCAGACAUUUGUCCUGCAGGCUUCCGCGGGCGGACACGCCAGAGGAGGAGGCCGGGGAAUGGCCGCGGUGUGGCAGCAAGUCUUAGCAGUGGACGCGAGGUACAACGCGUACCGCACACCAACGUUUCCACAGUUUCGGACCCAAUAUAUCCGCCGGCGCAGCCAGCUGCUUCGGGAGAAUGCCAAGGCUGGGCACCCCCCAGCACUGCGCAGGCAGUACCUGAGGCUGAGGGGACAGCUGUUGGGCCAACGCUACGGACCCCUCUCCGAGCCAGGCAGUGCUCGUGCUUAUAGCAACAGCAUCGUCCGCAGCAGCCGCACUACCCUUGACCGCAUGGAGGACUUUGAGGACGACCCUCGGGCCUUAGGGGCCCGUGGGCACCGCCGCUCUGUCAGCCGGGGCUCCUACCAGCUGCAAGCACAGAUGAACCGUGCUGUCUAUGAGGACAGGCCCCCCGGCAGCGUGGUGCCCACGUCAGCGGCAGAGGCGAGUCGGGCCAUGGCCGGGGACACGUCCCUCAGCGAGAACUAUGCCUUUGCUGGCAUGUACCAUGUUUUUGACCAGCAUGUGGAUGAGGCAGUCCCCAGGGUGCGCUUCGCCAACGAUGACCGACACCGCCUAGCCUGCUGCUCACUGGACGGCAGCAUCUCCCUGUGCCAGCUGGUACCCGCCCCACCCACCGUGCUCCGAGUGCUGCGGGGCCACACCCGUGGCGUCUCCGACUUUGCCUGGUCCCUCUCCAAUGACAUCCUUGUGUCCACCUCACUCGAUGCCACCAUGCGCAUCUGGGCCUCUGAGGAUGGCCGCUGCAUCCGGGAAAUCCCUGACCCCGAUGGCGCCGAACUGCUCUGCUGCACCUUCCAGCCCGUCAACAACAACCUCACUGUGGUGGGGACCGCCAAGCACAACGUGCACGUGGUGAACAUCUCCACGGGCAAGAAAGUGAAGGGUGGCUCCAGCAAGCUGACAGGCCGCGUCCUCGCCCUCUCCUUCGAUGCCCCUGGCCGGCUGCUCUGGGCGGGCGAUGACCGCGGCAGCGUCUUCUCUUUCCUCUUCGACAUGGCCACAGGGAAGCUGACCAAGGCCAAGCGUCUGCUGGUGCAUGAAGGCAGCCCCGUGACCAGCAUCUCCGCCCGCUCCUGGGUCAGCCGCGAGGCCCGGGACCCCUCGCUGCUCAUCAACGCUUGCCUCAACAAGCUGCUGCUCUACAGGUGCGAAAACGACGGGACCCUGGAGUGGAAGGGGAGGUUCGCCAUCGAGAGCGCCCACCGCCGGGACAGUAUCUUCUGCCCUCUCAUGUCCUUCCGCCAGGGAGCCUGCGUGGUGACGGGCAGUGAGGACAUGUGCGUGCACUUCUUUGACGUGGAGCGGGCGGCCAAGGCCGCCGUCAACAAGCUCCAGGGCCACAGCGCGCCCGUGCUCGACGUCAGCUUCAACUGCGACGAGAGCCUGCUGGCUUCCAGUGACGCCAGGGGCAUGGUCAUCGUCUGGAGACGGGAGCAGAAGUAGGGGCCCUGCUGGCCCUGCUGCUGUUUCCCCACCCCCACCCCCACCCCAGCCCUCACCAGCCUCGUGUUGUAAAUAAAGUGUCUGUGCUGGUGGGUGAGGCCCAGCUUCCAGGUGGGCCAGGGGGCUGUCCUGGGGAGCCCCCACAGCCCUGGGACCCAGCAGAAUGGGGUUCAUUUUCUCAUCCAUGCCUUCCCCACAGUGAUGUGUUCACCCAUCCAACAAACACUCUUUGAGUGUGGGCCAUGUCACAGAGCUUGACCCAGCCACGCGUUCAGCAGAGGCUGCUGAGCACCGACUUGGAGCCAGGAGCCACUCGAGGUCCUGGCCAUAUGGUGCGGUGUGCAUCCCAGUGGAGACAAGUAGGCGGUAGCCAAUAAGGCAGGCAUCCCUGUGAGGCUCGCCAGUGUCUGGACACGGCAGUGGUGUGAAAGCGUACCCAUACAGCCAUUCUGUUCUUCCCGUCCAGUACAGUAUUUGACAAAUCACCCGAGAUUCUCAGCGCUUUUGUGUCAAGUAGGCUGCGUUAGAGGGCUUUGCCCAUCUGUAGGUUAAGGGAGUGCUCUGAGCGCGGUUCCCAUCGGCUCGGCUAAGCCAUGAGGUGCAGUAGGUUAGGGGGAUGAAAUGCAGUUCUAGGAUGUUGUCAGCACACAGCGGUCACCAGGCAGUAAGCCCUCCGCAGGGCAGGCACCUCUGUAGGGAGCAGGUCAGCUCAAGGUGCGUGGUGCGAGAAAAAAGGGCAGGGGCAGGAGACAGGGGUGCAGGAGUAGGGGGUUUGGCUUUUUUUGGUGACAGGGUGACAUAUAAAGAGACCUGCAUGAGGUGAGAGGCAGCCACAGGGUGUGGGGGGAGAACGUUCUAGACAGGAUGGAGCCAGCACAGAAGCACUGAGGCUGGAGUGUGCCCACAGGGCAGAGUGUGAUGGUAGGUGAGGUCGGACCACAUUUGAGGACCCACAGGAGGACUUUGCCUUUUUUUUUUUUUUUUCCUGAGUAAAGGAGCCUUCACUGGGAGGCUUUGACCAGAGGAGGGACGGGACUGGACCUGGCCCGGUCCUAACAGGCUCCCUGUAGCUGCUGUAGGGAUGACAGGCCACAGGGUGGAAGCAGGGGCCAGCGAGGAGACCACUGUUGAGCAGGGAUGGGGACCAACACCAAGGUGGUGGUGGCAGACCAGUUGGGUGGGCUGUGCUUGGUUCUGCCCCAGGGGCUUCCUUGUCAGAGGCUGCAGGAGUCUGCUCAGGCGCCUAGGUGUCCCCCCAUCACAGCCCCAGCCAAGGCCCCAUGGACCACACCCGUCCGUGCACUGCUGUCCACAAGCAGAGCACAGAGGUGUUGAGUAUUUGGAGCUCGAAGCUGGUACAGGGGCAACCAUGUACCCCCAAGGUGGACUAGGGGCUCCCUCUAUGGGGUGCAGGCAAUGAGGAAGCUUUCCAUCCUCAUCUCCUCCUGUGCCCACCCAGGGCCCAAACUCCAGCCCUGGAACAAUUCAAAUCAAAAAGCGAUAUUCAGUACAAGGGGACUUCAAAAAGUUCAUGGAAACUGGAAUUCAAAAGCAAGUUUAUUUUGUGCACAAAUGUUCUGAAAGUCAUGCAUAUUUCCUCCAUAAUGGUGUUUUCCAUCAGCUUUUUAAUGAAAAAAAAAACUAUGUAUAGAUUUCUUUAUUUUCAAUAUUUCAUAAGCACUUGAACCAUCUUCCACUGCUUUCCCAGGCCAUAAGCAGAGAGCUGGAUUGGAAGAGGAGCAGCUGGGACGUGAACCAGCCCCCAUGUGGGAUGCCAGCACCACAGGCAGAAGCUUAGCCUACAGCGCCACAGCGCCGGUCCUAUGCAUAGACAUUCAAAAUGUUUUUGCACCAGAAGAAAUUUGUCUUUUUAUUUAUUUAUUAUUUAUUUAUUUGAAAGGCAGAGAAACACAGAGAGGGAGAGACAAAGACAGAUAGAUCAGCCUGCUGGUUCAUUCCCCAAAUGCUCACAACAUGGCUGGCAGGGUCCCAAGCACUUGGACCAUCCUCCACUGCCUCUCCAGGCACAUUAGCAGGAUCAGAAAUGGAGCAGAAAGGGACUCCGAUCAGUGCUCCAAUACGGGAUGUUGGCAUUGCAAGCAGGCAAGCAGCAGCUUGACCCAUUGUGUAACAUCAGUCCCAAACUUACCUUUGGUUCCAUUUUCCAUGAGCUUUUUAAAAUACCCUCAUAUUUGAAGAAAGCCCUUAGCGAGGAGAGGAUGCUUGGGUAUUGAUGGGGAUUAACAGAAUUCCCUUGUCAAUGGCUCGAGUCACCAGAAAAUGUCAGUUACCAGAAUGCCCAAGGCUCUUCUCCAGCUACUCCCCUCCAGCUCCCAUGUGUUGGUACUAUGUCUGACUAACAUCUUGUGACCCCCCGGGGCCAUUCCCCAGAGUCACGGAGACUCCAAUCUGGUCUAACACGAUUAAGCUGCUGAACUAACUCCUGCAGUUUGGCUGGGGGGAAAGAAAGAAUCUCUUUCUCUAAUGCACUGUUAUUUGAUAGUCUGGUUACUUGUAGCCAAAAGUAUUUCUAACUUUGACUUCCAUCUGCCAGCCCCAGGGUAAAUGGGGACAAAAUAGGGCUAUCAGUGAGCUGGAUUGUUUUUAUGAUCACGCUCAUGUAUGCAUGUGUUACAGUCCCCAAAACCAGCCUCAGGCUGAUUUGCUGGGAGUCAAAAGCCUUAGCAUAUGGUUGUGUUCAUGGUUAUGAUUUAUUAUAGCAGAAAGAUACAGAGCAAAAUCAGCAAAGAGAAAUGGUGCAUGGGACCAUGUUCAGGGGAGGGCAGGCACAAGUUCCUUAGGGUCCUCUCCCAGUGGACCAUAAUGGGUUUUGACAAUGCAUGCAAAAUGUUGCCAACUAGGAAAGCUCAUUAGACUCAGUGCCCAGGGUUUUUACUGGGAACCGGUCACGUAGACAGCCCCUGCCUGGCACGUCCCCAAGUUCCAGACUCCCAGAAGGAAAGCAGGAAUCCAUCACGAACGACAUUGUUUGUACAGUUUAGGCACAGGGAGCAGUCAUUAUCUGGGCAUCACAGGAACCCUUCUGAAAUAGAAGUUUCCCAGUCGCCAGCCAAGAGCCGACCUUGACGCAAGCCUUUCCAAGGAAGCGGCUGGGUCUGCUGUGUUAACUCUUAAACAAUAGAGGUUUGUUUGGCUCACGGUUCUGGAGGCUGGGAAGUCCAAGACGAAGCUGCUGGCACCCGGUGAGGGCCUUCCUGUUGCAUCAUAACAUGGUGGGAGGCUUCACAUAGCAAGAGAGCAUGAGAGAGGAGAAGCCAAGAGUGCAGGAAGAGGGGGCAACUGAUCCUUUAUCAGGAACCCACUCCCUGUGAUGAUGGCAUUAAUCCACUCAUGAGGGUGGAGCCCCUCAACCUAAUUACCUCUUCAAGACCCCAUCUCUUAAUACUGUUAACAAUGGGGAUCACACUUAACAGCACAUGAACUUUGGAGGACACAUUUAAACCCUAACAGUAUGAACACCAAAUGGAUACUCAGUUUCAACCAUGGUAUACAGAUGGCAAGAUAACUUGGGGGGUGGGGGCGGGGAACCUCAUUUUUCUCCUAACACUUUCUUCGUUUUGUCUCACUCUUCAUGUCCUUUAUUGAGUCUGAUUCGAGAUGAUUGGUCAUGAAUAUUGUUGUGCAUGAUUUUGGGGGUUUCAUUCUUGUGAAAUGUUGAGGUGGCAGAGUGAUAUUCUAUUUUAAAUUCAACUUGGUGACACUUUUCUUGACUUACGACCUAAGAAGAAAUAAAAGAUGAGCAAAUAAAAAAUAAUGUUCUCAAGCUCUGUUAACUUGUCCAUCAUCUGUCACUGUGCCUCUGGUCUGCAGUCAGAUCUGGAGCUCUGUAACCACGGAUGACUGCAUCAGUGCCACUCUGGUCUUGCCUCCAUUAAGGGUUCCAUGCCCUUUGUCUGACUGUGUGUUUGUUAACUACUUCAUCAUCAACAGCCUCACUGGUCUGAACCUGAAACUGGGUCUUUGUUAAUUAUUCCCAAUCAGUGACUCACUGAUCAAAUCUUAAAGCAGGGUUUCUGUAUAUUAUUCCACCAGUAAUUCUGAUAUGACCUUGAACUUGGGCUUCUGUCAGUUAUUUUGUGGUCAGUGUCCUUUUUGCUCCAUUCUAACCUUAAGUAACCUCAGCCCCGACCUUGACUCUGUGCCUUUAUUGUUUCACCAUCCAUCAGUGUCCUCAUGGUAUAUCAUAACCAGAUUAACAGCUGUACCAUUAAUGCCCAGGUGGUCCAAAUUUAAGCCCAGGCCUCUGUUGACUAAUCUACCAACAAUGUCUUUUUUAAAAUCUAUUUAUUUAAAGAGAGCCCUAUCUGCCAGUUCACUCCCCCAAAGGCCUACAAUGGUGGGGGCUGGGCAGCGCCAAAGCCUGGAGCCGGAAACUCAAUCCAGGUCUUCUAUUUGGGUGGCAGGGACCCAACCACUUGAGUCAUCACUACUGACUCCCGGGGUUUGCAGUAGCGGGAAGCUGGAGUCAGGAGCCAGAGCCAGGUACCAAACUUAGGUACUCUGCUGUGGGAUGUGGGCAUCUGAACUGGCAUCCUGGUUGCCAAGCUGGAGGCCCACGCCGUCACUGUCUUUUUAGUCUGAAUUCACAUCUGAGCAUCUCAACAUUUCCUCCACCAAGGCUAUAUCUAGCAUGACCUCAAACCCAGGCGCUUUACACCAUCACCCUCACUGUCCAUCUGGUAUACCCUCAUACUUGCUCCUCUACUAAUGCCUCCACAAUCAAGAUCUCUAGUUUUACUUGGAACUUCAGUCUUUUUAACUCUUUCAUGCACAUCUUUGCAUUCUAAACUCUAACCCAAGACUGUGAUUCCACCAUCAGCAACUGCCAGACACUUGAAUCCAGGUCUCAAGUUAAUUCACUGUCAAUGCUCCUCAUAUCUGAAAAUUGAACUUGAGCCUCUCUUAGCUUUCCCAUACUCAAUUGCUCCUCUGGCCUGACCUCAAUAAAUUGUUACACUGUUCAUAACCCUCUGAUCUUACAAAAAAAAACCCGUGACCUCUACUGUUCCUUUAUAACUGCUCCUCUGAUCCGACCUUGAGUCUUGGACACUUGUUCACACUUGUAGCAUCAAUUCCAUCUGGGUCGGCCUCAGACCUAUGUACCUAUUAACUAUUCUAUGAUCUCUUCCAUUCUGACCUGACCCCUCUGGUCUCAUUUGGGACUGAAAUUUUGUUGACUAUUCUUUGGUCUAACCUUCAAUCUGGACCUCUGGUUAAUAGCCCACUAUCUUCAUUUUAGUGUAUUAAGUGGAGGAUAUUCUUAUGUCCCAUAAGUUUUAGUUAUGCCUACGUGCCCAACUCCAUUGCUUGUUUUCUUAAGUGCUUACAUAAUUCAUAAUAAAACUUGUUCUCAAGGGAAAACCCACCAUCACUGGUGUUCUGCUCUUUAAGCCUUAGAACCUUGAAGAUAUCAGUGGUCUGAACUUGAAUCCAGACUGGUAGCUUUGACUCCAUCACGACCCCAUUUGAGCUGAACUCUCACAGAGGCAAACCUUAACUAAUCCAACAUGACAGGCUCCUCAUCCCCAGUCUUUUUAUUUUAAGAGUUAUCUAUUUAUUUGAAAGAGUUACAUAGAGAAAGAGAAGCACAGAGAGAGAGGUCUUCCAUCCACUGGUUCACUCCCCAGUUGGCCACAAUGGCCAAAGCUGCACUGAUCUGAAGCCAGGAGCCAGGAGCUUCUUCCAGGUCUCCCAUGUGGGUGCAGGGUCUAAGGACUUGGGCCAUCUUCUACUGCUUUCCCAGGCCAUAGAAGAGAGCUGGAUGGGAAGUGGAGCAGCCAGGACCCGAACCGGCCCCCAUAUGGGAUGCUGGCACUGCAGGCAGCAGAUUUACCCGCUACGCCAUAGCGCCGCCCCCCUCAAAUCUUAGCUGUUCCACUGCUGCUACCUGUCUUCCAUGACCUGAAAUCCAGACCUCUCUACCUGUUCCACUGUCAUUGGCCCCAUGUCUGACAGUGAAUGGAGAUUUCUGUUAACUUCCAAUAGGGGCCAGAGUUCCCAGCUCCUGGCCUAGACCUGGCCCAGCCCCAGCCAUUGCAGGCAUUUGAGGGCUGAACCAGCAAAUGAGAGCUGUUUCUCUGCCUCUGAAAAUUGAAAAAAAAAAUGCAUGAAAUUACCCUCAGGCUAUGUGUAUAAAGUGUAUAUGAAACAAAUUAAUUUGAUGUUUAGACUUAGGUCUCAUUCACAAAAUAUCUUAUUAUGUGUAUGCAAAUAUUCCAAAAUUUGAAAAAGAUCUGAAAUCCAGAAAACUUCUGGUCCCCAACAUUUCAGAUAAGGGAUUCUCAACCUGCAUUCGUUCUUGCAUCUGAGAGAUGAUUCAGGUGUGAAGUAACUGGUGGGCCCGGCGCUGUGGUGUAGCAGGUAAAAGCCGCUGCCUGCAGUGCCAGCAUCCCACGUGGGCACCAGUUCGGGUCCUGGCUGCUCCACUUCCGAUCCAGCUCUCUGCUGUGGCCUGGGAAAGCAGUGGAAAUUGGCCCGGGUCCUUGGGCCCCUGCACCCAUGUGGGAGACCUGGAAGAGGCUGCUGGCUCCUGGCUUCGGAUCUGCGCAGCUCCAGCCACUGAGGCCAACUGAGGAGUGAACCAGUGGAUGGAAGGACUCCCCUCCCCCCGCCUGUCUUCUCUCUCUGUGUAACUCUGACUUUCAAAUAAAUAAAUAAGUAAAUAAAUCUAUCUUUAAAAAAAAUGGUUACACGUUUCAUGUGCCACAUGUUUCAGGAGCACUGUGCAGAGUGGCUUCCCAGAUCUGGAAACACACAACCCAUCUGCUACUCUCUCGAGCUUUUUGAUUUUUUGAUUCUCUCAGAACUGAAUGGAAAUGUGUUCUGAAUAAAAAGCCAGUCCUGGGCUUUCUUGCCCUCUCUCACCUGCUGGGUUAUGUGGAGCUGAGUUUUACAGAACCCAGUGUCAGUAAUGUUUCCAUGGUUACUCCCUGCACCGUUUUCCUUUGUGCUAUGGUCCUCUGUCUCAGGUGAGUUUCCUGACUCUUCCGGCGCCUUAAGUAUCUCCAUUCAGCUGAUACGCAAGGUGGCCAUUCCACUCCUCUCUUUCCCCAAACUGACAAUUUCCUGGUGGAUGCAGCGUUAGGGUCUCUGGUUUCAUUAGGGCAUUGCAUUGAGCCUUUGCUGGACAGCCAGUGUCACGAGGAGUUUGGUUACAAGAUGUCUAUUAGGAAUCAGUUCCUGUGAAGGGGAAGGAGAGGAGGUGGGAUCCAGCAGAGGGAGGGCUAAGCUGCCCUGCAGGCCACGCUACAGAGAGCCAGCCGGAAGCAUUGGGGUGGGGGUGGCUGGGAGGGAAGGGUGGGCCUGGGAAGGCCAUGGCCUCAUGGCGAUGGCUCUUUGCAGCUGGAGCCAUCGGAGCUGAAGGCUGCCUGCCUGUCACUCUCCCUGCGGCUGCGCAGUGAGUCCUUCCUUCCAAGGGGGUCUGGAUGGCACAUGCCUUUGUCUACAGCCGCCAGGAAACGCAUGGGAGAGGCUGUGGGGGAAAAAAAUGGGUAGCCCCUGAGUAAGCAGUUGGGGACCCAGGCAAAAUCCUAGUUCUCCCCCCAUUAUUCUGCCACGUGGUCCUGAGUCGGUCCCUUCCUCGACUCUGGGCCCGCUGAGGGUUGGAGAGGAAGCUCACGCUUCGGACACACUGAGGAAGUCUCUGCACGAGUCAGGCUUUACACAGUGAGCAGAACAGACAAAGCCUCUGCCAUCCGACCCCAACAAUCCAGCCAAUGACUCAGAGCCCAGGUCACCCCUGGCUUGCUUGUCGCCACUGGGACCCCCAAGGAGGGCCAGGGCCUCACUCACAUGCGGACAGAUGGGGGCUGGGUGUGGAGGCUAAGGACAUAAGGAGCUGGGUCCAUACGGUGACCGGAAGGAGGGAAGAAGGGACACAGUAUGGCCUCCGAGCAGGGGUGUGAAGAGCUUAAGUGUGGGGUUUUAGGAGGGCUAUGGCAGCAGCAGAAAUCUUUACUGCCUAUGUCCCUGCUUCUCGCACGGGUCACAUAGGGCAAAUGGGCACUGGCGGCCAUGCCAGCCUGCCCAUCCAUCCCUGUGUUACAUUUUUGUUUUGGUUCACUCCCCAAAUACCUGCAACACCUAGAGGCUGGGCCAGCCCAAAACUCCCCCAUAUGCAUGGCUUUCAAGGUUUUAUUUGCAUCAAAAUAAACCUAUUUUAAAACUCGGGUUUCCAUGAA